AUGACAAUUGCAGCCAUGGAGCCAGUGCAACCUGGAGAUGGUAAGAAACAUUUUGAAAUGUCUUUAACCCUUUAACUCCCAUGAGUGACCAAGAGAGAAUUUCUUCUUACAAUAUCAACACAAUGUCAACUAGAUAAGUGAUGGGAAUAAAGAAAAAUAUCAAUUGGGGGAUAAUUAGUUGAUCCCAUACUAAAUUAUCUGAACUAACAUUGAAAGAACUGUAUGGUUGACAGUAAGGAGAAUUACAAAAUUUUAUCUGGGAGUUAAAGGGUUAAUGUAUCUAGCCAGAGUUAAAGAAAUUAUGCAUAAGAGAUUUCAAAGACAUUGCAUCCUGAACUAGGAAAUGAAAAUUGUGAAUGAGAAAUCUCAAGUUCUUUUUCAAACCUUCCUCCAGAAGUUUUUGGCUCAGCCUUGAGAUAAAGCACUUUUAAAUUCAUUUUCAAAUUAACCAAAUAGAGUCUAACUAUCGUAAAUCAUUUGUUGAGUGACAAGUAAAUAAAUGUUUCUCUUAAGCUCAGGCAUUGAUUUUUUCAUUUUGGUGUGCAUGAAAUGUAUUUACCAAGACUAUCUGUGAAACUGGAUUAAAUUCUGGGGAGGGGGUGGGGAUAGGCUGUAAUGAACUAGCACCCCAUCCAGGGGCAAUAGACAUACUCCUUGUCACUAUAUGCUAUGGAAGGCAGGGUGUGCGCCAAGGAUGUGCCACCUGAUCUUUGAGUGGCCACAAUUUCAUUAUUAAAAACAUGUUGCAUGAUUUGAUGCACAGGGGAGGCUUCAUCACCAGAUUACAGUCAGAUAUACACCUUGCUAGGUAGAGUGAUGCGAGGUCAGCCACCUCCUGACCUCACCCCUCUUAGUAAGUAAUGUUCUGAAUAGAUAUAAUUUUAGGCCAUACCUAAGGAAUACCAGUACAUCCCCAACCUUAGAAAAGUCUAUCAUGGAGAAAUCUUAUACAUAGAGCUAGCUCCUCGGGUUGUGUUCUUUAAUAAGGUUUUUUAUUCAUUCAGUUUUCUACUUCAUCUAGGGCUGUUAAUGAGAAAAUGCCAAGGACACUCCUGACAAAUUGUUGAAGAAUUAUGUGUUAUGGACUGACAGACUAUUGUGCUGUAAAUACCCCCAAUAAUUUCACGGAGUUUCAGGCUUAUUUUUAAGUACCCCACUCUUAGAACUAAAGACUUGCUCUGGGUUUUCAUUUUUAGAGGAAGUUAGCACUUUUCUAUCUUGCACUUUGUCCUCAUUUUUUGAGCAACAACUACACUUAAAUACUUUGAGCUCAACGUUUUUCCCAGAAUUGACAAGAAUUAUUCGCUGCACACUAAGAAGUGCUUGGGAUGUUUCUAAAUCCAUAGCUUUUGUGUUCAACUCAUUUACUUUAAAUUGUUGAUUUUAUUUUUAUUUGUCUACAUAACCUUGUAGCUCUCAAUAACAUUCUCAUAUUAACAACUUUUUCAUUCACCAUCACCCACAGGAUUCUGAACAAAGACUCAUUUAUGUUUACAUCCUUGACCCCAAAUGUAAAACUCUAAUCAAUAUAAUGAGUCUUUUCCUUCUUUUUUCACUGCAGGUGCUCAAGUUAUCUUGGACUUGAUGGCAGACCUUGAUCGUCGUCUUGUAGGUCAUGACAUUAGUAGCCAAGUAAACUUUAUCACUAACAAGUACAAAGAAGUGAUGCAGAGCCAAGAUACUGCCUCAUCUUCAGAGCAGACACAAGUUCCUUCAGGUCAAGCUGAAGCAGCAUGCAGCACCUCUGAUCCAGGUGCCAGUAGUUCUGGCAAACCAAAGACACCACUGUCUUCUCUAAAUCCCUUGAAUGUUCCAGUAACAUUACUUAAUCUGAAGAAAUCAACUCCAGUUUCCAGCUCACAGUCAUAAUCAGUUGAAGUAAAUAUGUAAAAACUAACUCAAACAACAAUUAUUUCUGACAAAUACUUUAUGUUCUCUCCUUCAAUACUCAUCAAGUG